CUCGCAGUCAGUCAGACGGACGGACGGACGGACGGACACUCCCCCUGCCCCCCGCCUCCCCCUCCCCCCUCCCCGGCAGUGCGGCACUUCGCCAUGGUUACGCUCAUCACGAAGCAGCUGCAGUGCCAAAGUCUGGACGAGCCGGCCUAUCGCAGGGCGUUCUCUCUCAGCCUGCCUCUGCCUGAGUCUCACACCCCCAGAAUCUACUGGCCUGCGUGUGGAUUAACGCCAGGUAACACUUGCCCACCCCCCCCUCUGCUCCUUAACCCUCUCUCUCCUAUUUGCCCCAUCUCCUUACCCCCCCCUCUCCUACCUGCCCCAUGUCCCUCCUCUCCUUCCCUCUCUCUCCUUCCUGCCCCAUGUCCCUCCUCUCCUUCCCCCCUCCUCCCCAGUCUGUCUCCCCCGCUUCUCUCCUUCUCUUGGAUAUUAUUGGCUUGUGCCUCGUCCUUUGAUCACAAGAACUGGAGAGUGGCUGUUGGCUCUACACUCCAGCCAAGCCCCCCCUGCAGGAGGCUCUGCCCCUCCCCGCCCCCCCCGCCCCCGCCCCCUCCCAAACGGCACUGCCGUCCCGAGGACCUGCCGCGCUGCCGGUCGUCAUGGCGCCCCAGCGCCUCCCGCGUCUGGACCGCGGUGAAGCGCCGGUGCCACAGCGGGGGGGGCGCGGGGGGGUCGUGUCCCCUGGGGGCCCCGGGCCCCUCCAGCCCCACGCUCUCCUGCGAGUCCCCCCGGCCCUGGGGCUUCACCGGGGGGGCGGACUGCUGCUGCUUCGUCCCGCCCCCCUCCUCUUCCUCCUCCUCAUCCUCCCCGCUCCCGCAGCAGAGACGCCUCUCCCUGUCGCCCGUGCACGUCCGCGAGGCCACCGCCCACUUCCUGCCCCCGGCCCCGCCCCUUGCCGGUGGGGGCCCGCCCCCCUCCCCCUCCUCAGCCUGUAGCACUCCGGCCUCAUUCCGACGGCCCCUCCCACUGCCCCUCCCCCGCUGCCACUCCCAGCCCUGCGGCCUGAAGAGACGCCACGCCCCCGACCUGCCCUGCCCCCGCCCCGGACUCGACUUCAGCAAGAUGACCCAGACUCGGAGCGGGGAUCCCCUGGGCUGCCGGGGCCAGGUCUCGGGGGCCUGCGGGCGGGGCCUCUGCAUGGGCCUGGAGCUCGUUUCGGGGGACCUCCGGAGCAUCUUCUCCCCAGCCGAGGGGCUGGGGCGGACCAGCAUCUGCCCUCUGAGCGAGAGCGAGGAAGAGGAGGAAGAGGAGGAGGAGGAGGAGGAUGGAGGGAGAAGGAAGAGUGAGCUGGAGGGCCCUCCGCAGUGCCUCUUUGAGAGGGACUGCACAGAACUGGACUUGACCCUCAUCGAGGAGAAUUAGCUCCGCUAACAGGACAGCUGAAUACCACUGUCAUUCAGCACCCCCACCCCACCGCACCCCCCCUGCGGGGGCUCUCUCAGGAACACAGCUGUCCCCCCCAGCUGACCAAAACUGGAGGGGCCACGGGCAGAAAACACGCAUGACCAAUGAGCCCAUGGCAGCGAUGAUGAUUAGCGAUUAGCGCAGGUAGCCUCAGACGUGUCCACCCAGCAGAAUUACAUUCCAGAGCCAGCGGCCAGCUGCUGAAUGGCCUCUACCCUCCCUGAAUAAGCCUCUGUGUGCGUGUGUGUGUGUGUGCAUUAGGAAUGGGGUUUUGUGUGUGUGUGUGUGUGCGCGUUAGGAAUGGAUGUGUGUGGGUGUGUGUCUGCGUCAGGAAUGGGUGUGUGUGUGUGUGCGUUAGGAAUGGGUGUGUGUGUGUGUGUGUGUGUGUGUGUAAACUCGUCAGUGAGGGCUGGCCGCUGGCUCCCCAGUCUCUCUCUGGGCUGAGAGAACGUGCUCGCACACACAAUAAUGAAAGCUUGCUGGGGUUUGUGUUUGUUUUUGAUGCACAAAGAUGGCGCCCAGUUGCACAGCUUUCUGCAGCCCUCUCUUGCCAGAUCCGUUCGUAUCCACAUAAGCCUUAACAGUUUUAUUUUUCAAACCAGCAAACUACAUCUGGGGGAAAGGUUUAGUGGUUAUAAUGGUUUUAUCGGACUUUCAGUAACGCUUUAUUAAUCUGUAUGAUCUCUGCAACUCAAACUUUUCAGUUUUAGGAAAAAUGGAAAGCAUCGUUAAAAAAAAGGGGUUCAAAUAAAUACGUUGAUAGAUGCUGCAGUCAUAUUCUGUAGGGCACAAAGUAAUAUUGUAUUGUACAGUGAUCAUUUGUUUAAAAAGUUUCUUUUUUCCGUGUUUGAAGAAACCACUUGGAAUUUUGGGGGCGGUGGCCUUUGAGGUGAUUUCUGUUGUGUGUUACAAGGUGGAAAUUUCCUCUUACACAAUUUGUGUACAAAUAAAGUUUAUUAGAGAUUAAUUUUACAAAA